AUGGGUGGUUCCUCUUCAAAUAAAAUUGUUGUUAGACAAGAAAGUUGGACAAAGUGUUUCGUUUAAAAAGACUAUUUAGAUAAUUUUGAUAAUCAAUAUUCUAACCAGAAAAAAUAGUAAUAGAAAUCUAAAAAGCCUGAAGAUUCAAAAUAAUCAAAAUCAUCCUAAUAGGCAAAUCAAUAACAACAACCUAUAAAAUAAAUUUAACCAAAAUAAACUAAUACAAAAUAAAAUUUAAAAUUAGCUGAUUGGGUUUGGCCAGGUGGUAUAAUACCAUAUCUUAUUGAUGAAUCCUUUACCUAACAAAUGAGAGAAUAUUUAUCAUAAGCAAUCUAAGAAUUCGAAGAGAAAACACCUCUUCGAUUUUUAUAAAUAAGUGAUUAUUAAGAGUACGAUCAAUAUGUAAAAUAUUACAGAAACGAAGAAUCUUCAAGCUAUGUUAAGUGGAUUGGCCGAUCAACAUCACAUUAAGAGCAUGCAGUGUUCAUAAAUGAGACUUAUCCUUAUGGAACAUAUCUUCAUGAAACUAUGCAUAUUUUAGGUUUUGCUCAUGAAUAAUGCAGAUAAGAUAGAGAUCAAUACGUCUCAGUAUAGUUUUCAGAAAAAGAUUCUAAAAAAUUAAAGCAUUAAUAUGAGAAGAUAUAGGGACUCAUGCUUGGUGAGUAUGACCCUGAUUCAAUCAUGCAUUACCGUUUAAAUAAAAACAUGACCUCUAAAGAUUAAUAUAAGAAUCUAUAAUUUGGACAGAGAAAAUUCUUAAGCGAUGGAGACAUAAAAGGAAUUUAAUUAAUCUAUGGAAAAAGUUAAUGUACAUUUGAUAUCUACGGCGAUAAAUAUAUGGAAUAAGAUUUCUUUGAAUGUAUCACAUGUUGGGGACAGGGUUCAGUAUUUGGAGCUUGUAGGGCAUGUGGCAUUACUUGUCAUUCGGGACAUGAAUUGAUAUUAAAAAAAGCGAAAUCCUUUUAUUGUGAUUGCGGUAAGUAUAAACAUACAACCCAAUUGUGUACAAGAAAAACUACAAGCUUUAAAAGGGUAAUAAUAAAUGUAUAUAUGUUAUGAUUGCUUUGAUAUUAAAAAGUAUUAGUAAACUCAUGAUGGUGCUACUCCAGGAGUUUGUUACCCUUGCGCUAUGAAGUGUCACAAACAGCAUAACCUGAAAUUGUAAGGGGUGGCCUCAGGCUUUUAUUGUGAUUGUGGUUUAAACGCUUGCAAAACAGCAUGCAAAGCAAAAUGA